AACAGAAUGCGUAUUUUUCUGUUAUAAAUAGAAGAUGUAUGGUAGUAGCGAAGCUUGAGUAACCAACUCAUUACUUGUGACUUUUCUCGUUGUCAGCGCAAGUUUAGGAAUAUGGGUUGGACGACGCCGACGGUUGACGACUUCCUGGAGCAGUGCAGCCAAUCUGGCGAUGCUGCCUACGCCGCCCUCCGAUCCUUGCUCGACGGCCUCGACCAUCCCGAUACCCGUUCUCAAGCUCGGAUCUUCCUUUCCCAUCUUCAGAAGCGAUUUCCCACCAAAGACUCUUGCGAUCAAUGCUUUCACACCUACCAUUUUCGUAUUGAAGACAUUUUAUUAGAUCAAUAUGAAGGAUACAAAGGGAGAAAUAAAUUGACUAUGAUGGUCAUUCCUAGCAUUUUUCUUCCAGAAGAUUGGUCCUAUACAUUUUACGAAGGGAUUAAUAGACAUUCUGACUCCAUUUUCAAAGACAGGACUGUUACUGAGUUAGGUUGUGGGAAUGGAUGGAUAUCCAUUGCCAUGGCCGACAAGUGGUUGCCAGCCAAGAUCUAUGGCCUUGAUAUCAAUCCCAGAGCCAUCAAAGUUUCCUGGAUAAACCUAUACUUGAAUGCUUUAGACGAAAAUGGCCACCUCAUCUAUGACGAGGAGAAUAAAACUCUCUUGGAUAGGGUAGAGUUUCACGAAUCUGAUCUUCUAUCCUAUUGCAGACAAAAUGGAAUUCAACUUGAAAGAAUUGUAGGCUGUAUUCCUCAGAUUCUUAAUCCAAAUCCAGAUGCAAUGACUAAGAUGAUAACAGAAAAUGCAAGCGAGGAAUUCCUUCAUUCUUUGAGUAAUUAUUGUGCACUUCAGGGUUUUGUGGAGGACCAGUUUGGAUUAGGCUUAAUUGCUAGGGCAGUUGAAGAAGGGAUAUCAGUAAUCAAACCAAAUGGAAUUAUGAUCUUUAAUAUGGGAGGCCGCCCAGGUCAAGCUGUUUGCAAACGAUUGUUUGAGCGUCGUGGUUUUCGCAUUACGAAGCUUUGGCAAACUAAAAUUAUCCAGGCUGGCGACACAGAUAUUGCAGCCUUGGUUGAAAUUGAGAAGAACAGCCCACACCGUUUUGAGUUCUUUAUGGGACUCUCUGGAGAGCAGCCUAUUUGUGCACGGACAGCUUGGGCUUAUGGAAAGUCUGGGGGCAGCAUUUCCCAUGCUUUAUCAGUUUACAGUUGUCAACUUCGUCAACCUAACCAGGUUAAAGUUAUAUUUGAGUUUCUAAAAAAUGGAUUUCAAGAGAUCAGCAGCUCUCUAGAUUUGUCUUUUGAGGAUGAUUCUGUUGCUGAUGAGAAAAUUCCUUUCCUUGCUUAUCUUGCAAGCAUUCUUAAAGAUGGUUCCUAUUUUCCAUAUGAGCCACCGGCCGGAAGCAAACGCUUCCGCAAUCUCAUUGCUGGAUUUUUGAAGACUUAUCAUCAUGUUCCACUCACUGCCACUAAUAUUGUCAUUUUUCCUUCAAGGAAUGCGGCUAUUGAGAAUGCUCUUCGCUUGUUCUCACCUCGGCUUGCAAUUGUUGAUGAACAUCUGACUCGACACCUGCCUAGUCAGUGGUUAACAUCUUUGGCGCUUGAGCAGAAUAUGGGAACUAAUGGCUCUUUAGAUGAUACAAUAACGGUAAUUGAAGCCCCUCGGCAAUCAGACUUAUUGAUAGAACUAAUAAAGAAAUUGAAGCCUCAAGUGGUUGUGACUGGAAUUGCUAUUUUUGAGGCUGUUACUAGUUCAGCUUUUGUGCACCUCUUAGAUACAACACGAGAUGUUGGAUCUCGUCUUUUCUUGGACAUAUCAGAUCACUUUGAGCUAUCCAGCCUUCCAGGAUCAAAUGGGGUCAUGAAGUAUCUUUCGGGAAGUCCUCUACCCUCUCAUGCUGCAAUUAUUUGCGGACUGGUAAAGAACAAGGUCUAUCCAGAUUUAGAAGUAGCUUUUGUCAUUUCAGAAGAAGAGUCCCUCUUUAAUGCACUGUCCAAAACUGUUGAGUUACUAGAAGGCAAUACCGCAUUAAUCAGUCAGUACUAUUAUGGAUGUAUUUUUCACGAGCUUCUUGCUUUUCAGCUUGCCUCUCGGCGUGCACCUUCUGAGAGAAGCUGUGAAAAUGUCAAGUCAAUUGAUAUGAUAGGAUUUGCUAAAUCAGCCGUGUCAGUCCUUAAUAAUGCCGAGCUAGCAAUUGAUGAGGUGGAGAAUGGUUCCCUGAUCCACAUGGAUGUUGAUCAAAUCUUUUUGCCUGUUCCAUCUCCUGUUAAGGCUGCUAUUUUUGAGAGUUUUGCUCGACAAAACAUGUCCGAGUCUGAAAUUGAUGUCACCCCAAGCAUAAAAAAUUUCGUCAAAAGCAACUAUGGUUUUCCAAUAGAUAGCCGCACAGAAUUUAUAUAUGCUGACAAUUCAAAAGCAAUUUUCAAUAAACUGGUCCUCUGCUGCAAUAAAGAAGGAGGCACCCUCUGUUUUCCAGCUGGAUCAAAUGGGAACUAUGUUUCUUCUGCUACAUUUUUGAAAGCUGACACAGUGACAGUUCCGACUGAUGCCAGUGCAGGUUUUAAGUUCACAGAAAAGACACUAACUGGAGUUCUUGGCACUGUGAAAAACCCAUGGGUGUAUAUUUCUGGACCUACAAUCAAUCCCACUGGCUUAGUUUAUAGCAACAAGGAGAUAGGAGAGAUUUUGGGCACCUGUGCUAGAUUUGGUGCAAGAGUUAUAAUUGAUACGUCAUCCUCUGGUUUAGAAUUUGACUGUAAAGGCUGGGGUGGCUGGGAUUUGGAGGGGUGUUUGUCUAAUCUGAAUUCUUCAAUCAAGCCAUCGUUUUGUGUGUCUCUUCUUGGAGGAUUGUCUCUUAAGAUGCUCAAUGGUGUUCUCAGACUUGGGUUUCUUAUUCUUAACCAGACGGUUUUGGUUGACUCAUUUUAUAGUUAUCCGGGAUUAAGUAAACCUCAUAGUACUGUUAGAUAUGCUACAAAGAAGUUGCUGGAUCUUAGAGAGCAGAAAUCAUCAACUCUAUCGGAUGCUAUUGUCGAACAUACACAGAUUUUGAGAAGUAGGUCCACUCGCUUAAAGGAGGUACUUGAGAAGAAUGGGUGGGACGUACUUGAAUCGUGUGCUGGCCUAUCUGUUGUGGCCAAACCCUCCGCCUAUCUCAAAAAGACUAUUAAGAUAAAGUUGUCAUCAAAAGGAGAUGCUGCUACUACGGAAAUAACGCUCGACGACUCAAAUAUUAGGAAUGCCAUUCUCGAAGCCACUGGUUUAUGCAUCAAUAGUGGCUCUUGGACUGGAAUUCCUGGAUAUUGUCGGUUCAAUAUUGCACUUGAAGAAAAUGAUUUCAAGAAAGCACUGGAUUGUAUACUAAAAUUCAGACAAGUUGCACUAGAUUAAAACUUUUCGUUUUUUAAGGAAUAAGUCAAGUGUGGGCGUUUUGUUCCUCUUGUGCACGAUUGUCGGUAUUGUUCGUUUAUGAUUUGCAUGCUGUGCAAUAACCAUAGAGUGGGAAGUUUCAGUUCAUGAAAUUUCCUCAAUGAUUGUGAUUCGUUUAUGAUUUGCAUGCUGUGCAAUAACCAUAGAAUGGGAAGUUUCCGUUCAUGAAGUUUCCUCAA